CAUCAUUAUCCUGCCCUGCUCCCAGUCACCUGGGGUCGGCGCAACAUGUUUGCUCCUUCCAUACUCUUCUAUCAUAUAUCAUUUCUUCGCUCACUCCCCUCCUACCCAUAUCGUCUUUCACACAAUCCAUCCAUUUCUUCUUAGGUCUACCUCUUCCUCUAAAUCCUUCCACAUUCAUAUAUAACACUCUCUUAACAACCUAGUAGUAAAUGUGUAAUAAUGUAAGGUCUUCAUGUAAUGUUAUAUAUAGUUUUUUUUUGUUUUUUUUUUUUAUAUAAUGAACCGCUUUAUUCAAUGUAUGCAGUCGGUACCUGUAAUUGUGUUAGCAUUUAGUGUGAAAUCAAUUUAUAUCAUACCUGUAACGUUCUGUCUUGAUGUAUUGCGUGUUGGUACCCAAUAAAUUAAUAAAAAUAAAAUAAUACAAAUAUGAAUUAAAAACAAGUAAUUACACACAUAUAACCAUACAUAAAUCAAACAUGGCUGCAAUCAAACCCGGACUCUGUGUUACAGUAGACAAGGUCACUUAUCAUCUAACCAUUGAAGCGUUCAAAUGAUGUUUAAUAACACGACAAUUACGUUCAGAAUUAUCCAUGUCUUGUGAGAGUGAACAAUGUUUUUUUUUCUCCGUCAACUUAAUUCUAACUUGAAAUAUAACUCAAACACAUAUUUUCCUAUUAAAGACAACGAAUAUUUUUACCUAAAAAUAAUUUCUAUUUAGCAUAUUUUUUUUAGGUAUACAAUAAAAACGGUCAGUGAAAUCAUUUAGAUAGAGGGGAGAAAGAUUUAUAAAACCGGCCACGCGAGAUGAAAUGCGGUCCAAUCUCACACAGCCUCUCGUUGGUUUAAUAUCUAGAACAUUAUAGGAAACAUGAAGUUUUAUAUAUUGAUCGCGCUGUUCGCUUUAGCGUGUGCUGAACGAGAUAGCACCUUGGAAACGGCCAUUAGCUUCGUCCAGGACUGCAAUGAGGACUACUUUUUAUGUGUCAAGGAGAAACUCCUUCGUAUUGUGGAAAAUGCUAGAACGUCGAGGAGCGUCAAUCUUGUCGAUGGUGUCUUUAUCAAGGGUGAACCCGGGAAGCCAUCAACGGAGCCUCUCCCCGCCGACCCUGAGGCCAGAGACGCAGAGGUCAACUACAGACUCCUGGACGGAGUGGUCAACCUCUUCGAAACUCACUCCAUCGAGGUCAAAAUGAAUCCUGCUGAGAAGGAAGAACUUCAGAGGUCACUUGAAGAAGGUCGUGGUAAGAAGAAGGGAGGCGGCGCUAUGGGCAUCAUCGGACUCCUAGCAGCCAAGAUACUAUUCGGAAAGCUGUUCAUCGUCAAACUCCUAGCCCUCAAAGCAUUAGCCACAGCGAAGAUCGCCCUAGUACUAGCCGUUAUUCUCUUCGUGGCCUGGUGCUUGAAACAAGAUCAUACCAAGACAACGUACGAGGUUGUACCCCACGCCUUGCAUCACGAGAGCCAUCACCCUCAUGUGGAGCAUGUCGCCCAUGACGCGGGCCACGGCGGGUUCUCUGGAUACGGUUCUGAUUGGAGCAAGAACUCUGAGGACGCCCAGAAUUUAGCAUACAGUGGCUAUACGCAGAAACACUAGGGAUUAAUUACCAAAUGUAGAUUAAGUAUUGUACAAAGAACUAUUUAUUUUGUAGUUUAUAAGUUUAAUUUAUUGAUUAAAUUAUUUAAUAUUUUA